AUGGGAAAACAGGGCCUCCCAGGCGGCCCGGUACCCAGCCCGGUACCCAGCGGCCCGGUACCCAGACCGGACCGGUCCACUGCGGACCGGUCCACUGCGGCCCGGUUCCCAGCGGCCCGGUCCACUGCGGCCCGGUACACUGCGGACUGGCCGAGCCUGGACGCCAGGCCGCUGCCUUCGUGGUACGACGAGGCCAAGGUGGGGGUGUUCGUCCACUGGGGCGUGUUCUCCGUGCCCGGGUUCGGCAGUGAGUGGUUCUGGUGGCACUGGCGGGGCCAGCAGCCUCCGGACCAGAAGUGUGUGAGCUACAUGUCGCAGAACUACCCGCCCGGAUUCAGCUACCCGGAGUUCGCUCCUCAGUUUCACGCUCAGUUGUUCGACCCGGAGGACUGGGCCGACGUGUUCGAGGCUUCUGGUGCAAAGUAUGUCGUCCUGACUGCCAAACACCACGAAGGAUUCACUAACUGGGAGUCCCCAAAUUCCUGGAACUGGAAUUCAGUCGAUACUGGUCCUCACAGAGACCUGGUGGGAGACCUGGGGGAGGCAGUGCGCAACAGGUCAUUGCACUAUGGACUCUACAACUCCUUGUAUGAGUGGUUCCACCCUCUCUACCUGGCAGAUAAGAAGAACGGAUUCAAAACCCAGCAGUUUGUGAUGCAUAAACUUCUACCGGAGCUUUACAACAUGGUUGUAAGGUACAGACCUGAGCUGAUCUGGUCUGAUGGGGACUGGGAAGCACCUGACACUUACUGGAACUCCACAGAGUUCCUGGCCUGGCUCUACAAUGACAGCCCAGUCAAAGAUGUCGUUGUGACCAAUGACCGAUGGGGAGCUGGCUGUGCAUGUAAACACGGCGGAUACUAUAACUGUGAAGACAAAUACACUCCAGGCCAGCUGCCCAAGCACAAAUGGGAGAAGUGCACGUCUGUGGACACGUUUUCCUGGGGCUACCGUCGAAAUAUGAAGAUGAGCGAACUGAUGGAGUUGCCCGCUAUCAUAGAGGAUCUGGUUCGCACCGUGGCUUUCGGAGGUAACUACCUUCUGAACGUGGGUCCCAGACCUGACGGGAUGAUCCCCGCAGUGUUUGAGGAGAGACUCCGGGGUGUUGGAGCCUGGCUAAAGAUGAACGGGGAGGCCAUAUACGCCUCCAAACCCUGGAGGGUCCAGACGGAGAACACCACUGUACCAGUCUGGUAUACAUCUAAAGGAAAGACUGUCUAUGCCAUCAUGACAGCCAAACCUCCCAAGCUCACAUUGGUACUAUUAGGACCCAAAACAUCUGCAGCCACUAAGGUGACCUUGUUGGGGAAUCCAAAUCCCCUACCCUGGGCCCCGGUCCACCCCAGUGCUGGCAUGACUGUCCUUCUGCCUGAACUGCCCUUUACCCCCGGUCUGGCCUGGACUCUCAAACUGGACGGCAUCCAGUGAGCCUUAAACCCCAGAAGUGUUCAACCCUAACAAGGUUGAAUAUUGAAAAUGUGUUCAUCUCAGGUUGUGAUUAUGUUUGUGAAACGCAUGCACUAUGGUUAAAGGGACAGCGCUUGUGUAAUGGAUGAGUAGUUUUGCCAAAAUGACAGAAUGAAAAACUCCUCUAUAAUGAUUCCUUUGUAGCUCUGAGGACUGAAGCUUUAAUGGGUCACUGCCUUUUUUAAUUGUGCUCUUUUUUUUUUUUUAAUGAUUGAAAGAUUUUAAUUGUGCUCUCUUUUUUUUUUUUUU